GUGAGGGCGUCAAUGGCGCUCGGAAAGAAACCCGACACGACAACGGACAAAAUGGCCACUUCCGGUAUCGACUGAACUCUACACAGCUACACAAGCAGCACCGAAGAAGAGUACGAGAAGGAUGAGAAUUGAGAAAUAGUGCUGCUUGGGGUGUGUGUGUGUGUGUUUGUUGUGCUACUUUUUCUUGUGCGUAUAAAAAAUCGGGUUGUAGAUUUGUGAAAAUGUCGUCGUACAUACAAGUAGCCGAAGACGAGGGUGAGGAGCCGAUAGAAUUGCCUACGGAGGACGACAGUACGUUGCUUCUGACUACCUUGUCCGCUCAGUUCCCCGGGACCUGCGGCCUGAAGUAUCGCAACCCCGAGUCUCGGGCUAUGCGAGGCGUCAGGCUCGUCGAAGGUCGCUUACACCCCCCCGAAAAUGGAUGGGGAAAGGCCGUCUAUUUUUGCGUUUUUCCAAAAGAAAACAAACGCAAGUCGGACGACAAUUUGGAGAAUUCUACGGCAAAGACGAAACGAAUGGAAACAAAAUUACGCUGCACCGAUUUAAUUGUUCUUGGUCUUCCAUGGAAAACGACUGAACAAAACCUGCGCGAAUAUUUUGAGACGUUUGGUGAGGUCCUGAUGGCUCAAGUAAAGAAGGAUGCGAAAUCCGGCCAAAGUAAAGGCUUUGGAUUCAUCAGGUUCGGAAGUUAUGAAUCACAGCUACGGUGUCUCGCUCAGCGGCACAUGAUUGACGGAAGGUGGUGUGACGUUAAAGUGCCAAACAGCAAGAAUAUUGACGGUAUUAUGAUGGCACGUCAGUAUGAUAUGAGCAAUAACUACCCCGCUGAGUACUAUCGCCCGAUACCGGUCCACACACCAACGAAUCGCCGUUUGUCUAAUGCCAAGACGUACUCUGCAGCAUCGACGGUGACGGGAACUAUGACGAUGACGACAAGGAACAACCAUCCAACCGGACUAAGUGGAGCCGGACAGGCUAACGGACCGCCGAAUCUACCAUCCCAUUUACCUAUGUCUUUACCUCUAUCCACACCUGUACCUCCCUGCACAAAUGUCAGAUGCGAUACAGCCUACGACUAUCGUCCCACACAAUACCCCUCAUACCCACCCAAUUAUCCAUGUGAUGAAGAAAAAUACGAUAAGCACUAUGAAACGGCGACGAGUUACGACGGGUAUGGAAAUUACGAAGAUUUCUAUGAUAAGUCGUAUUCGUCUUACGAGUCAGCAGCAAUGACAAUGACUCAUACAACGAAUACAGGGAUGCCGCAGCAGCAAGUGCCUCCGCAUAGUUAUGAUGGUUCGAGUUACGAGUCAAGAUCUGCGGGGAAUGCUCAUAAUCCAUCAUCGGCGUCCCAUCUACACCAUUCGCAACCUUCGUACCACCAAUCAGGACCAGAUUAUCCCAGAUACUCUGAGGUUUAUUCAUCUGGCAUUGCAACAAACGAUUAUACCGAUCGGGGAAAGUAUCAUAGUAAUAACAGUAAUAGUAAUAAUCAUUCGUCCGUUUAUGAGAGAGCCUCAACUUUCUCCUCUACGUCAUACUCGUACCCUUCAAACGAGACCGCAAGAUACCACAACAGCAAUGAUUCUAACCUAGAGGUCAGGUACUCUACAACGGCGCCAACUUCUUCAUCCUCCUCGUCUCCUACGGCAGAUGCAAGAGGACCCCAGUAUCCACGCCAACACCGUCAUUACCAUCAGUAUCAUCACGGACAGGUGGCGCGCUCAAGGCACACAUCUACGUCAGAUGAGAGAAACAAUUCGUCUAGUCGGUAUAGAUCAAUUUCAGAUGGCAGUAACAGAUUCGAAGGAAGGAGGGAAUGAUCCAACAAGUACCCUGCAAGGUAUUCGUGGGACGGUGUACAGAGGACCUGACCGCCGACGACCUGCGAGAAUAUUUCUCCAAAUUUGGGGAAGUGACCGACGUUUUCAUACCAAAACCUUUCCGAGCCUUUUC